AUGGCGACUGAGAAUGCUGCAGACGACUCGGCUAAGCUUCAGAUCCUUAAAGAUGCGCUCUACGAAGAAAUAAGACAACAUGGCUCAGAAACACGCUUGUUCACACAAAAAGAUCUUCUAGACCUCAAUAUCAUUCCUAACAACAAUGUAAUGCUUCUGGUCAAAGUUGUCCAGGGGCUUUGUAACGACAAGCUCCUGGUCGGCACAACAAACCACCAUGCUGGUCUCGCAUGGAGAUGGCGCAGCCGGGAGGAAGCAAAGAAGUACCUAUCGCUCCCCAAUGACGAGACCAUGAUGGUUUAUUCCAUCAUUGAUGAAGCUGGCGCCGACGGCAUCUGGAAUCGGACGAUCAAGAAUAAGCUUAACAUGCAUGAGUCUGUGGUAAAGAAUUGCAUCAAGUAUCUUGAAAGCAAGGGGUAUAUCACGGCCAUGAAAAACGUCGAGCACCCCAACAAGAAGAUGUACAUCAAGGCCAGCUUGCGGCCCUCGGAACGGGCAACUGGCGGUCCCUGGUUCACAGAAGGAGAGUUGGACACUGCCUUCAUUCAGGAGCUUGAAGGCAUUGUUUUUGAGUACAUCAAGACAAAAAGCGCAUAUCGCGGGUCACAGCCCCAGCCGGCAUCUGCGCCAAAACGUGGGGCCAUCGUGGGCGAGCUGCGUGGGACGAAGCGUGCAGCGGCAGACAUUACCAACGAUGACAGCACAGCAGCUCCUUCCUCUCGCAACAGCAAAUCCUUCCGGACCGUUUUUCUCCCAAUGCCCGCUGGCUACAAGCAUUACCCUACGGUUGCUGAGAUUGCCAAGUUCAUCCAUGAUACGGGCAUCACCAACAAUACCACCCUGGGCGAAGCCGAUAUCCAGCAGUUAGUGGACGUACUGCACUAUGAUGGCUUGAUCGAGCCUGUUCGUGUGAACCGGCGUAAAGGCUAUCGGGUCACCCGCGCUAUGAGACAGGAUACUGUUCCCUUCCAUAAGCGGCAGAAGGAUCGUGAGGCAGGUAUUGGGUUGGACCAGCCUUUGGUUGUUGGUGCAGAACCACUCAGUAAUGCCCUUACCGAGGCUCCUUGUGGGCGGUGCCCUGUUUUUGAUUUGUGCGAAGAGGGGGGUCCGGUAAGUCCAAGUAAUUGCGUCUACUUUACCAAGUGGUUAGACUUGGAGGACGUAGCAACAGCAGCGGCCCCUGUUGCAUCUUUACCUCCGUAA